GCAAAAACAUAUUUUAUUUUCUCUCAAGAUGUCUGUUGUCAAUUCAAUAAUCUUCUGGGCGUUGCUUAUUUUCAUAUGGGGAGUACGGCGUUGUUUCAUUCAAAUGCGUUCUAAAAAAGUUUUCUUGAUAGAGUUUGCAUGUUCAAAGCCCCCAAUUUCACAAAUGUGCACAAAAAUAAUGACAGCAGAAAGAGUGAAAAUUCUUGGAAAUUACUCUGAAGAAAUGAUGGAUUACAUGAAGAUGACAAUGGACAAAGUAGGUUUAGGUGAUAACACCUAUUUGCCAGAGGCUUUGCAUAAAGAUCCUCCUAAUCCAUGCAUGGAUUUAGCAAGAAAAGAGUCCGAGUUUGUCAUGUUUGGAUCUUUGGACAAUUUAUUUGAAAAAACUAAAGUUGUUGAGCCUAAGGAUAUUGGCAUACUAAUAGUGAAUUGCUCUGUUUUUCAUCCUGUGCCGUCUUUAUCGUCUAUGAUAGUUAAUCGUUACAAGCUGAACCACAAUAUUUUGUCAUAUAAUCUUACUGGAAUGGGUUGCACUGCUGGACUUUUGGCCAUUCGUCUUGCCAACCAACUUCUUCAGGUGCAUGAAAACACAUGUGCUUUAAUAUUGAGUACAGAGAACACUACAGACUGCAUCUACGUGGGAAAUGAUGAGUCCAAAUUCAUAUCAAAUUGCACAUUUCGUGUUGGUGGAGCUGCAAUUCUCCUCUCUAAUCGACCAUCCGAUAAAGAAUUUUCCAAGUACGAAAUCCUUCACGAUGUCCAUACUCAUGGCGCAAGUUUAGAUCGUUCAUACAAAUCAAUUUUCCUAGAAGAAGAUGAACAAGGUUUAAUUGGUGUUUCCAUAACUAAAGAUCUUUUGGUCGCAGGAACAAAUGCUAUAGAAACCAACCUUACCUUAUUAGGUCCUUUAAUCCUACCCUUGUCGGAAAAAUACAUUUUCUUUAAAAAUCUUAUAAGACGAUUUCUAGGGGUUGGAAAUGUAAAAAAGUACGUACCAAAAUUUAAUGCAGCGGUUGAUCAUUUCUUCCCUCAUGUUGGAGGAUUACCAGUUCUAAACCAAUUGCAAAAGAUGUUGAAGUUUCGUGAUGAGAGUAUGGAAGCUUCAAAAAUUACGUUGCGACGAUUUGGGAAUACUUCGAGUAGUUCAGUUUGGUAUGAACUUGCAUAUGCAGAGGCUAAGGGGAGGAUCAAGAAAAAUGAUCGAAUUUGGCAAAUGGCAUUUGGAUCGGGUUUCAAAUGUAGCAGUUUGAUUUGGCGUGCCAUGAGAUCUGUUGAUAGCAAUGACUUCAAAAAUCCAUGGAAUGGGGAAAUUGAUACUGGUGAUCUCGACUUGAAUGGGAUUGAAACAUUCAACUUUGACUACUUUGAACCACCACUACUGUUAUCUUAAUUUUAUCAUUGUGUAAUUGCACUUUUUUAUUUUAUUUUAAAUAAAGCUUUUAAGUUUCAUUUGUAUUAGACUUGAUCAACGAUUCAUGAUCAAUAUAUCCAGGUUAGGUUUUUAUUUUUAAAUAGCCAUAGCUAGUUAUUAAGUUUAAUAUA